UAAAACAUAUUAAACCGUCACUUUAGACUUAUUACAAACUCUUUUCCCUGUUUGGCUUCACUUACACAUUUUGUCAAACACCUAAAAAUUGGCACCAAACUCAUCAAAUUUCAUCAAAUUUAGUAAAACAGAUAUGGUUACUUGCAAAAUUGACUGGAAAUCUGUUCUGCCUAAUUGCUUUAAGGCCAAUAUUGAUAUUCCUUCAGAAGCAAAGGUGAUGGAGAUCAGUAAACAGAUUAAUUCUGAUCGUCAUAGGUUAGCUUUUUCCGAUAUAAGUACUGAUUCCAGAUCAGUAUUUCUAUCGUUGGAUGAUCUAUCAUCGAACGCGAUUAUAGGUUCAAAUCUUCAUGUAUUCACACAUGAGGAGCUUAAACUCAUCACGAGUGACUUUUCGCCUGCUAAUUUUCUUGGUAAAGGUGGAUUUGGACCCGUUCACAAGGGGUUCAUUGAUGACAAGAUUAAGCCUGGUUUAGAUGCUCAACCUGUUGCAGUUAAAUUGCUUGAUUUGGAUGGUAAUCAGGGCCACCAAGAAUGGCUGACUGAAGUGGUCUUUUUGGGACAAUUGAGGCAUCCCCAUUUGGUGAAGUUGAUUGGAUAUUGUUGGGAGGACGAGCAGAGACUUCUUGUUUACGAGUAUAUGGCAAGGGGUAACCUAGAGGAUCAAUUAUUCUCGAGAUAUUCGAGUUGUUUGCCAUGGUCGACCAGAAUAAAAAUUAUGGUUGGUGCUGCAAAGGGACUAGCUUUUCUUCACGGGGAAGAAAAACCAGUAAUCUACCGUGAUUUCAAGGCUUCCAACAUCCUCUUAGACUCAGAUUACAGAGCCAAACUAUCUGAUUUUGGGCUUGCAAAGGAUGGACCAGAAGGUGAUGAUACACAUGUCUCGACUCGUGUCAUGGGCACUCAUGGCUACGCUGCUCCAGAGUACAUCAUGACUGGUCAUUUGACAAGCAAGAGCGAUGUUUACAGCUUCGGAGUAGUUCUGUUAGAACUAAUAACAGGAAGACCAGCCAUGGACAAGAAACGCCCCGUCAAGGAGCGAAACCUGGUGGAUUGGGCAAGACCGAUGCUAAGGGAUCCACACAAGCUUGACAGAAUAAUGGACCCAAGACUUGAAGGUCAGUACUCGACACAAGGAGCCAAGAGGGUAGCUGCAUUGGCUUAUCAAUGCUUAAGCCACCAUCCUAGGUCUAGGCCUACUAUGAGCAACAUAGUGAAGACCUUGGAGCCUGUCUUGGACUUGAAAGAUAUACCAAUUGGCCCAUUUGUUUAUGUUGUUCCGUCCUCAAAAUGUGACAAGGAAAUGGAAAUUGGUGAAUUGAAGACUAAAGUGGACGACGAAAACAAGGCAAACGUAAGGGAAAAAGAAGUAGUAGGAAAUGCAGGGGAAAACAGAGAGGAGGGUAAUGCUAAGCAACGCAGAGUCGGACACAGGCAUAAACACAGGCUAAGGACUGAUGCUUCUGUUUACUCAGAUACUCAUUUGUAUCAUAAAACUGUAAGGCACGAAAGAACUAACAAAUUAAACUCCUGUUAAUUAAUCGCAACGAUGAGAAGAAAGGAAAGAGAUAUUAAAAGUGUAAAAGAUAUGUGAAUAGAUUGUAUAAUGAAGUAUUUGUUUACAUUUUAAUCUCAGUUUAGGAGAAGAUCCUUUUCAUGUUUGCGUUUUGGUUGGUGAAAGCAAUGUACAUAGAAGAUUCUUAUGACUUUUAGAAGUGAUAAAAAGUUGUUUGAACAAGAA